UCCCCUCCGGCGGCGGGAGCCGGGGGCGCCGGUGGCCAUGGCCGGCUGCUGCCUGUCCGCCGAGAAGAAGGAGUCGCAGCGCAUCAGCGCGGAGAUCGAGCGGCAGCUGCGCCGGGACAAGCGGGACGCCCGCCGGGAGCUGAAGCUGCUGCUGCUGGGCACAGGAGAAAGUGGCAAGAGUACGUUCAUUAAACAAAUGAGGAUUAUCCAUGGAUCAGGUUACACAGAAGAAGACAGAAAAGGCUUCACAAAACUGGUUUACCAAAAUGUAUUUACUGCCAUGCAAGUGAUGAUCGGAGCCAUGGAUACUCUCAAGAUACAGUACACAUCCAAAGAGAAUGAGGAGAGUGCUCAGAUGAUCAAAGAAGUGGAAGUGGAUAAAGUGACAGCACUGGAAAGAAAACAAGUUGAAGCAAUCAAGAAGCUCUGGGAAGACCCAGGAAUUCAAGAAUGCUACGACAGACGGAGGGAGUACCAGCUCUCAGACUCUGCUAAGUAUUAUCUUACUGACCUUGAUCGUAUUGCUAAUCCCUCAUUUGUGCCAACUCAGCAAGAUAUUCUUAGAGUCCGAGUGCCAACUACAGGAAUUAUUGAGUAUCCUUUUGAUUUAGAAAAUAUUAUAUUUAGGAUGGUGGAUGUAGGUGGCCAAAGGUCAGAAAGAAGGAAGUGGAUCCAUUGUUUUGAAAGUGUUACAUCCAUCAUUUUCUUAGUUGCAUUAAGUGAAUAUGAUCAAGUAUUGGCAGAAUGUGACAAUGAGAAUCGAAUGGAAGAAAGCAAGGCCUUAUUUAAAACUAUCAUUACAUAUCCCUGGUUUCUGAAUUCUUCAAUCAUUUUAUUUUUAAAUAAAAAAGAUCUUCUAGAAGAGAAGAUCAUGUAUUCCCAUCUAAUUAGUUACUUUCCAGAAUACACAGGACCUAAACAAGAUGUCAAAGCUGCCAGAGACUUCAUUUUGAAGCUGUAUCAGGAUCAGAAUCCAGACAAGGAGAAAGUAAUCUAUUCCCACUUCACUUGUGCCACAGACACAGAAAAUAUUCGUUUUGUCUUCGCUGCUGUCAAGGACACGAUCCUGCAACUAAACCUGAGGGAGUUCAAUCUGGUUUAAAGAAAAAAACAUGGCUGCAGCCACAGAGUGUGGCUUACUCAUAGCACAGCCUGUGUUGGUUAAAAAACAAGUGUCUUUUUAAAUAUCAUUUACAGAAAUGGGAGAAGGAUUUAUAUUUACUGAAGAAGUAUGGAUUGAGAGAACUUUAAAGAAUGAGUUUCAAAGUUUACUUUUCAAGCUAUACAUUUAAAAUAUUGUGUUCAUAUUUCCCAUGUUAGUUUUGUCUGUGAGUUAUUUUUUGACUGCUGGGGGAAUUAAGUAUAUUUAGAAGAAUGUACAUAACUACAUUGCUGUCUAGCUGGUAUUUUCUUAAGAUUUUUCUUUUUUUUUUAUUUAGCAUUUACAAUCAUAGCUUAUAAAAUUUCAAACAGCAAUGCCUUAAAAAUGACAUGUUAGUGUUAUUUUAGUGUGCUAGACAGUUUUAUAUUCUUGUUCUGAGCAAUGUAGUUGAAAGACUUAGGGUAAACCUAUUAUACUUUUUAGAAGUAUCUCUCAGUAGCCUUGAUAGGCCAAACCUGUUAAUGUUCUAGGAAUCAUUACAAAAGAUUAGUUAGUGGUGACCCUCACAUAUCACUGCCUUUUUGUUCAAGUGCCUUACAAUAAUAAACUACCUUUCACAGUUAAGGAAUGACCGAUUAAGAUCUUGUAGGCAGCCCACAGAAUUUACUCUUUUCUGAAGGGGAAAAGCAUUUCCCAAACAGCAAGGCAUUUAGCAAACAUUCUCAGCAUUCACUACCACAGGAGCUCAGAGAUCAUCCACAGAUGCUUACAAUAAACUACGCCUUAAAUUCCUCCAAGUCACUAACAUAACUUGCUUUUUGCACUUUGCAUUUUCCUGUUGUUGAGCUUUACAGGUAGUUUUGCAUGGAUUAGACAGCAGUAAAUCCUCUCCUGUAGAAGAUUUCCAGCCAUUUUCCCAUCUCCUCCGCUCCCUGCCCAACUACAAGCCUCUCCACUGAAGAUGAGAGCACCACUAAUACCUCAGUCAAUUCUCCUUCACUGGGUCAAAAAUUCUCAGACAAAAUAAUAAAGACAUUAGGGCAAUCCUGAAAACCUUUUUUACCCAUGCAAAAUCCAUGGUGAUCACGGGUGCUUGAUCAGCUAACCCAGCAACACUAGUAAGGAGAGUGUAUUAGUAGAAUAGUCUGUUAUUAGCAGUAAUUCAGCCCAAAAGAUAUGUUGAGGUUCUCCUGUAUUAUUUAAAUACAUGAAAAUUCCUUUUUUCCAAGAAGAAAUAUUAUAGCAAUGGUUUUUACUACCGGCAUAAGAUUGCAAUUUUAAUGCAGCACAGAAAAAAAUUCAAGUUAUAUUGAUUUUUCAGCUUGAGGAGUGCUUCUGUGUUUUCAACCCGGUUGCUAGCUGUCACAGUUCAGUCCUGCAAAAAAGCACACCCUGACAUUUCACUGCCCAUAAAAAAAUGUUUACUGUUUCACAUAUUAAACAGCACAGUUCCCUUUUGUCCAGCAGUACAGAAAAAGUAAAUUCUGUCUGGAGCUGGUUUUGGUUGCUACGGGGAAAACAGCUCAUAACAUUUGAUGCAUUUGUUCUUUCUUUAGUGUUGGAACAAGCAGUAGAAGCCCGUUCUUAACACUGCUUUAACGUUUUUCUGUGAGGGAAGGACACUGACCUGUAUGUUGUGCCCAUACUAAUGAAUGGCAGUAAUCAACACUGAGGGAACAGUGCAGAAGACCCUGGGGUAAGGUACAGGGUACAGUGCCACUUGCUGAACAAGAAGCGGCCAAGGGGGAGUGACAGAAAGCAUGGAAUAAAACAGCAUGUCUACAUGUGUCAUCUCUGUCCCUGGCAUAUCAUCUCUACCCUCCAAGCACUAUCAUGACAAGUCCUCAGACCUCCUGUCCUAAACACUGUUGCUCAGAAGAUAGUUCAAUAGCAUUUCUUGUCAUAAAAUCUGUAGAUAUUGGAGUUUUACAGUACUUACUUAAGAACUUCCAGUCACAUGAAAAAGACGACAAAAAUACUUUUUCUAGGGCAGCAGAUUUGAUGGAGGAAAGCAUAUAAAAUGCCCAAAUGCUUGAACUACUUGAUCCAGUUUUGAGACCCCUGGGAAGAAGUUCUGGAAAAAACAUCUGUUUAAACUCUUAGCUGUUUCCUAUCUUGAGUCAAGAUUUGCUGUCUCUGUGAAGAGCACAUUGGCAUCAUGAAUUUGGAAGCCUGGCUUUGCUGGAGUACAAGCUUUGCAGAUUGUGAGACAGUUACCAUUUUACAGGACCCAUCAGUACAAGAAUGCUUUUCUUUCACACUUCACAACCAACAUUUAAAAACAUUCAUGAGGGCAGUUAGAAACUGCACAUAAUUCUCGAUCUGCUUGAUGCAACAAGGAAUAAAAACCCACAAAGGUAAAAAAACAGGGACACCAACUUCCUUGGCAGAAAUUACAGAUAAAUUGAUCAACAUAGGAAAAAAGAACCACCCUCAGUAAUUAACUGUUAGGAACUUUAGCCAUCUAUAUCCUUAGUUCCUGGGAGGUAAAUGUUUCAUUGGUAUUGGUUGCGUCUUCAGUUUCAGUCACUGCAGAUAGAGAGGGAUCAACUGGGAGAGAUUAAUGCUGGAAAAAGGUACUGUGGAAUUGUUUGAUUUGCUGAAGAAACACUGUGUGUUCUGGCCUUGUACAAUACUUCUGUGAUUCCAAGCAAUGUAGUCUCCAGGUAGUUCUUUUCUGGAAUUCCAAUGUGAAAGGGUCAAGAAGGGGGGGGGGGGAAUCUUCUGAAUAGUUUUGUGGAAUAUUCUCAUUCAUGAAGCUAAUACAGUAUCAGGAAAUAUAUACAAAUCAAAUAUAUAAAAAUCUAUUUAAAUGUCAUAGGGAUACAGAGCUAUUUACAAACAAGCCACAAGACUUAGCAAUCCUAUUAAGGUAUGCAAUGUAUUUAUUGAAACUGUUUUACAUCAGCAGAAUAAUUAGGAAACUUAGGAUUUGUAGUUCAAAUUCAAGAAUAUGCUGUAAGUAUUAAAUUUUAAAUACCAUUACAUAGUAAAAUUAGUCUUUUAUUGACUAGUGUGUGGUAUUUGUUAUUUGCAGAUAGAUGGCUAAAAAUAACUCAGAAGGAACAAAAGACCUCAGUGAUUUGUUUGGUAUGUGAGUGUAUUUUGUGAAGUGCUAAAGAUAAUAAAUAGCUAGUGGCAUAUGUACGGAAAUUUUUUUGGUGAAAAAAGAGGAUUUCAUAAGAAUCUGGUU